AUCGAGUGAAAGACUUCUUGUCCUCGCGUUUUCGCAUGAAGGACUUGGGGGAGGUGAAGUACUACUUGGGAAUGCAAAUUGAGCGUGAUGAGAGUGGUAUCUUGAUUCAUCAAGAGAGGUACAUUCUUAACAUGCUUCAGUCCUUUGGUCUCUCAGAGGCCAACCCCGAGGGUGUGUGGCUGAGGCGUUUGUUUGGGGAGUUUGGUCAUGAUCAUGCUGGUGGUGUGCCUGUGUUUGUGGAUAAUCAGUCUGCCAUUGCCCUUGCACAGAAUGCAUGCUUGCAUGGCCGCACCAAACACAUGCAGGUCCGGUGGCAUUUCAUUCGGGAGAUGGUAGCUGCGGGGAGGGAGAGAGGGAGGGAUGGAGAGAGGGAGAGAAUGAGAGAGGGAGAGAGGGAGGGAGGGAGAGAGGGAGAGAGGGAGAGAGAGAGAGAGAGAGAGGGAGAGAGAGAGAGAGAGAGAGAGAGAGAGAGAGAGAGAGAGAGAGAGAGAGAGAGAGAGAGAGAGAGAGAGAGAGAGAGAGAUAGUUUGUGAUGAGCAUAUGUCAGACUACAACGACCUAC